AGGUUGUGUGGUGUGUGGCGGUGUGUUGGACUCCAUCUCCGGUCUGUCGCGGGGCGCUCUGCGGUGUCUGGGUGUGGUGGGUUGUAGGUGUGUACCACAGGGUGCAAACCGUUGAAGAGUCACAACCUAUUGUGUCAGAGUGUGUCUUUGCCCACGUGGAUGGACUCUUCUUCCUUGCCCGGGGCCACGAGACACACCCUGGCCCCUCCUUAGUCUCAGAAAGGGGGUGGGAUGGGCAGCCUCCCCCGACCCAGGGACCUCCCCGUCCCUCCCCGCCCUGCCCUGCCUGCUGCAGUUACCACUCCCCAGAGGGCACAGGGCUAGGCUGUGCCUUCCAGCCAAAGUGGCAGCCAGAGUGAGCGCAACAGGCCGCUGGCCUGGAAGCAAAGCUGGCUGCCAUUUGCGUAUUGAGAGGUGGGGGACCCUGGGCAGGAAGCUGGCUGAGCCCCAAGACCUCAGGGGCCAUGGGCGGGGAGCUGCUGUCUGGCCUGGGGGCCCUGAGACGGAGAAAGCGCCUGCUGGAGCAGGAGAAGAGAGUCGCGGGCUGGGCGCUGGUGCUGGCGGGAACCGGCAUCGCACUCAUGGUCCUGCACGCUGAGAUGCUGUGGUUCCUGGGCUGCAAGUGGGUGCUGUACCUGCUCCUGGUUAAGUGUCUGAUCACCCUGUCCACUGCCUUCCUCCUCUGUCUUAUUGUGGUCUUCCAUGCCAAGGAGGUCCAGCUGUUCAUGACUGACAACGGGCUCCGGGACUGGCGCGUGGCGCUGACCCGGCGGCAGGUGGCGCAGAUCCUGCUGGAGCUGCUGGUGUGCGGGGUGCACCCGGUGCCCCUACGGAGCCCGCACUGCGCCCUGGCGGGGGAGGCCACGGACGCGCAGCCCUGGCCGGGCUUCCUGGGCGAAGGCGAGGCGUUGCUGUCGCUGGCCAUGCUGCUGCGGCUCUACCUGGUGCCCCGCGCGGUGCUGCUACGCAGCGGGGUCCUGCUCAACGCGUCCUACCGCAGCAUCGGGGCGCUCAACCAAGUCCGCUUCCGCCACUGGUUCGUGGCCAAGCUAUACAUGAACACGCACCCGGGUCGCCUGCUGCUGGGCCUCACGCUGGGCCUCUGGCUCACCACAGCUUGGGUGCUGUCAGUGGCUGAGAGGCAGGCUGUCAAUGCCACGGGGCACCUCACGGACACACUGUGGCUCAUCCCGAUCACGUUCCUGACCAUCGGCUACGGGGACGUGGUUCCUGGCACCAUGUGGGGCAAGAUUGUCUGCUUGUGCACUGGAGUCAUGGGGGUCUGCUGUACGGCUCUCCUAGUGGCGGUGGUGGCCCGGAAGCUGGAGUUCAACAAGGCGGAGAAACACGUGCACAACUUCAUGAUGGACAUCCAUUACGCCAAAGAGAUGAAGGAGUCAGCCGCGCGGCUGCUGCAGGAAGCCUGGAUGUACUACAAACACACUCGAAGGAAGGACUCCCGAGCGGCCCGCAGGCACCAGCGCAAGAUGCUGGCUGCCAUCCACACGUUCCGCCAGGUACGGCUGAAACACCGGAAGCUCCGGGAGCAAGUGAAUUCCAUGGUGGACAUCUCCAAGAUGCACAUGAUCCUGUGCGACCUGCAGCUGGGUCUCAGCACCUCGCACCGGGCCUUGGAGAAGAGAAUCGACGGGCUGGCAGGAAAGCUGGAUGCCCUGACCGAGCUGCUCGGCGCGGCUCUGCAGCAGCAGCAGUUACAAGAACCCAGCCAGGAGGCCACAUAGCUGGAUUCACCAAAGAAUCAGGCUAUGUACCCAAGGACUGAGCUCAACGACGUGCUCCCUGCCAAUUCCGACCAAGCCCCACAAUAAAUCACCUCAAGAUGCCAGGACCCAAGUGAUCCACGUUGAAAUGCACGGACUCUGGUGGUAGCAGCCGUGAGUGGACACUGGCUUGGACCUCCCACGGCAAUGGAAACGUGGUCACCACUACACAUAGGCCCUCAUCAGAAGCCCUUUCUGCUGUGCUGCUGUUCGCGACCCCUCGAUCUCUGUUGGAGGAGGACGUGCCUGGGGUCCAGGAUGCUAGGAAACUUCAGUUAACCGCGGGCCGGCCUCGCUGAAGGAACCAGGUCCGAGCGGUGGGAGGUGCUGCCCCCUGGUGGACGCCAGGGAAGACGCCGCUUCCCCCGGAUCCGGAGACUGCGCGGGAGGAGGGUGCGGGUGCCGCACACCGUUCCGCCCUGUACUUUGUAAUAAAUGGUAAACAAAGUCAGAA